AUGGAGUCCGGUUCGCCCUCCACCUCCACCUAUCAGCGAAGGCCCGAGGACGUCGUCGCGUCCAACGGCCGCGAGGUCGAGCAGUUUGCCCUCGAGGCUUGCGUCGCCCGGCAGAAAUCCGGCAUCCUCGUCCCGCCCCCCAGGGUGCCCCCGGCCAUGCUCGACGCCGCGUACGAGCGAUGCGACGAGGUCACCGGCGAGUACGCCAAGACCUUCUACCUCGGCACCAAGCUCAUGACGCCGGAGAAGCAGCGCGCCAUCUGGGCCAUCUACGUCUGGUGCCGCCGAACCGACGAGCUCGUCGACGGACCCAACGCGAGCCACAUCACCCCAGAGGCUCUGGACCAGUGGGAGAACCGCCUGGAGGCCAUCUUCGAGGGCAGGCCCGCGGACAUCAUCGACGCCGCGCUGUGCGAUACGCUGUCCAGGUUCCCCGUGGACAUCCAGCCCUUCCGCGACAUGGUCGACGGCAUGCGAAUGGACCUCGUGAAGCCCAGGUACCGAACCUUCGACGAGCUCUACGAGUACUGCUACCGCGUGGCGGGCACCGUGGGGCUCAUGUCCAUGCCCAUCAUGGGAUGCGACGAGAACUUCGAGGGCGACCUGACCAAGGUGUACAAGGCUGCGCUCUCCCUCGGUCUCGCCAACCAGCUCACCAACAUCCUGCGGGACGUGGGCGAGGACGUGCAGACGCGCAACCGCAUCUACAUCCCGCUCGACGAGCUGGCGGAGUUUGGCAUCGACGAAUCCGAGAUCGUCCGCGGCGGCCUCUACUCGCCCGUCACCGGCAAGGUGGACGAUCGGUGGAAGGCUUUCAUGAAGUUUCAGAUCGCGCGCGCCAGGGAGGUGUUCGCGGAGGCUGAGGCUGGGGUCAACUGCCUCCACGCGGACGCCAGGUGGCCGGUUUGGUCCGCGCUCGACGUCUACAGGAACAUCCUCGACGCCAUCGAGGAAAACGGCUACGACAACUUCAGCCAGCGCGCGUACGUGCCCAAGAUGAAGAAGCUGAUGAUGCUCCCGACGGCGUGGCAGAAGGCGCAGAAGGCGGACACCAUGUGA